AUGCCUACAUUUAUUACUGUUUUCAAGGAAAGACAACUACUACCGAUAUUCAGCGAGCACCUCUACGACCUCAACCUGCCGGCGCUGGUCAAGUUCAGCUACACAGCCGAGCAUGAGGAAGAGCUCUCGCUGGUGAAAGGCGCGCACGUGGUCAUCAUGGAGAAGGGCAGCGAUGGCUGGUGGUGGGGCGUCUCCAACGGCCGCUCGGGCUGGUUCCCCUCCAACUACGUGACGGAGGACACCGACAGGCCGGUCGGAGAGCCGGCAGGCUCACUGAUGGAGAAGCUGGCGGUGCAGGCCCUCUACCCGUUGAGCUCAGGCAACGACAAGGAGCUCAGCUUCGACAAGGGCGAGGUGAUGGACGUGCUGGAGAAGCCCGAGAACAACCCCGAGUGGUGGAAGUGCCGCAAGGCAGAUGGCCAGGUGGGGCUGGUGCCCAAGAACUAUGUGAUGGUGCUGCAGAGCGCCCACUGCGCCUUGGGUCCACCCACACCUAACUGUGACUACAUCGAGCCCUCCGGCAGCGGGAGGUUUGCUGGGAGGCAGUGGUACUACGGCAAGGUGACCUGGCACCAGGCAGAGGUGGCCCUCAACCAGAGGGGCGACAAGGGCGACUUCCUCAUCAGGGACAGUGAGUCCUCGCCCAAUGACUUCUCUAUCUCCCUGAAGGUGCAAGGCGAGAACAAGCAUUUCAAGGUCUAUCUAAUGGAUGGCUUGUACUGCAUCGGACAGUGCAAAUUUGGCUCCAUGGAGGAGCUGGUGGACUAUUACAAAAAGGCUCCCAUUUUCACUAGUGAACAGGGGGACAAAUUCUACCUGAUCAAGGCGCUGUCCUGA